AUGACCGCCCUCCGCAUCCUCGUCCCCGUCAAGCGCGUCAUCGACUACGCCGUCAAACCGCGCGUCAACGCCGCCCAAACCGGCGUCGAGACGGCCGGCGUCAAAAUGUCCAUGAACCCCUUCGACGAGCUGUCGAUCGAAGAAGCCGUCCGCCUGCGCGAGCGCCACCCCACCACCGUCACCGACAUCCUCGCCUUCUCCGCGGGGCCCGCCAAGGCGCAAGACACGCUCCGGACCGCCAUGGCCAUGGGCGCGGACCGGGCACUGCUCGCCGAGACCGACACAGAGCUGGAGCCGCUGGCCGUGGCCAAGCUGCUGCAGCGGGUGGUGAAGGACGAGGACCGCAAUUUGGUCAUUCUGGGGAAGCAGAGCAUUGAUGGGGAUGCGGGGCAGACGGGGCAGAUGCUGGCGGGACUGCUGGGGUGGGGGCAGGCGACGCAGGCGAGUGCGGUGUUGGGGUUGCCGGCGGUGGUGACGGCGGAUUUGAGGCUGAAUGAGCCGCGGUAUGCGAGUCUGCCGAAUAUUAUGAAGGCGAAGAAGAAGCCGCUGGUGAAGAGGGCGGUGGCGGACUUUGGGGUGGAGGUGGGGGCGAGGCUGCAGACGGUGAAGGUUGUUGAGCCGGCGCCGAGGAAGGGCGGUGGGAAGGUGGAGGAUGUUGGUGGGUUGGUGGCGAGGUUGAAGGAGUUGGGCGCGUUGUAG